AUGGCCGCCACCAUCGUAUCUCUCCAUGCCCAGCCUAUCUUCUCUAACCGGAGAACUGAGCUCCAUUCUCCCUUCACCAAUUCUGCCGCCGCACCCGCCGCCGCCCCGUUCCUCCGUCUCCGCCAAACCGCUCUUAUCCUUCGCGUCGAGGGAAGCCGAUAUCUGACAUGCCGAGCUCGCGCUCGCGGUGGCAUGGUAAUGGGCGAUUACGGCGAUGACGAGGACGAUGACGACGACGAGAGCGAAGAUGAGGAAGGAGAAGACCGGAGCUUGGACCUUCUGAUUAGGUUUGUGGAGAAUGUGUUCAGAAAGGUGUCCAGAAAAGCACGCAGGGCCGUCAAAUCUGUUCUGCCCGUCCCCAUUUCAGCCAGAUUGGUGGGAUUUGCUGUGAAUGGCACCAUUAUCUUGACUUUCAUGUGGGUUCUUAGAGCUUUUCUUGAGGUAAUUUGCACUCUGGGAAGUGUUGUGUUUGUGAGUAUAUUGCUCGUUCGGGGGAUAUGGACAGGAAUUUCCUAUUUCCAAGAUGGCCGAGGUUAUAGGGAAGAUGACGAUGAGCCCCAGUCGUGGACCUCAACCCGACCUGCAACCUAA